AUGGAGGAAACUAUAACAACAAGAACAUCAACAGGUAGAUUACCAUUAAAGAAUAAUUUGUCAACUCAAGAUAAACAGGGAAUAGAUUUAGCUUAUGCUCAAGCUCAAAAAUCAUAUAAUGAAAAGGGCAUACCUAUUGGAUCAUGUUUAAUAAAUAAUUCAACAGGUGAAGUCUUGGGUGUUGGUCAUAAUGAAAGAAUUCAAAAACAAUCAGCUAUAUUACAUGGGGAAAUGUCAUGUUUAGAAAAUGCUGGAAGAUUGCCUGCUAAAAUAUAUCAAAAUUGUACAUUAUAUUCCUCAUUAUCACCUUGUCAUAUGUGCAGUGGUGCUAUUUUAUUAUAUGGGAUUAAAAGAGUUGUAAUCGGUGAGAAUGAGAAUUUCAUGGGUCCAGAAAAGCUAGUUAGAGAUAAUGGUGUUGAUAUUAUUAAUGUUCAUGAUGAUAGAUGUAAAUUGAUAAUGCGAGAGUAUAUUAAAAAUAAUGAACAAGGUUGGAAUGAGGAUAUUGGUGAAUAG